UGUUGCGUUACUUUCCUUUGAUACCGAGGAUUCAAAGGCUCUUUGCAACAACAAAAACAUCUGAUGACAUGCGUUGGCACGACGAGGGUCGUACCAAAGAUGGAAAGAUACGGCAUCCGGCUGAUGCCGAGUGUUGGAAAGAUCUUGAUGCUAGAUACCCCGAUUUUGCUGCUGAUCCUCGUAAUCCGCGCCUUGGCAUUGGAAGUGAUGGAGUUAACCCUUUCCGGAGUAUGAGUUCAAAACAUAGUACCUGGCCAGUGAUGCUUAUCCCGUACAACCUACCGCCUUGGAUUUGCAUGAAAGAAACAUCUCUAAUUUUAUCAAUGAUCAUUCCUGGACCAGCUUCCCCUGGGAAUGACAUUGAUAUAUAUUUGCAGCCACUGAUUGAUGAGCUCUUACAAUUAUGGGAUGGUGUAGACACAUUUGACGCUUCCUCGCAGGAGACAUUUCCUCUCAAGGCUGCACUAUUAUGGACUUUAAAUGAUUUUCCGGCAUUAGCUUACCUGUACGGUUGGAGCACAAGUGGUAAAUAUGGGUGUCCAUCAUGUGGUCCUUCUACAAGAUCAUUUCGCCUAAAUAAGAGUAUGAAACUUUGUUAUAUGGGCCACCGUCGCUGGUUACCACAGGGUCACAUAUUUCGAAACCGAAGGAGGCAAGAGUUUGAUGGCACUAAAGAGACUGAACUGGCACCGACAACUAUGAGUGGUACUUCAGCUUUGAAAAUGUUGCAAGGCAGAGUGUUUGUGUUAGGCAAAAAAGCCAAUGUAGCCAAGAAAGCAAAGGGCGGAAAGAAGAAAAAAAACAGUGAAAAAGAAACUGAAAAUUAUCAAGAACCGAAGCGUAAAAGGAAGGCAGGCAACAAGAAGUCAAUUAAGAACCAAGGUAAGCCUGAGAAGAAGCCAGAGGAUUGGUUCAAAAAAAAAUCAAUAUUUUUCAACUUGCCAUAUUGGGAACUUAACAAGUUAAGGCACAAUCUCGAUGUAAUGCACAUAGAAAAGAAUGUGUUUGAUAAUUUAAUUGGAACGUUGUUGAAUAUUGAUUCUAAAACAAAGGAUGGCCUAAAUGCACGGCUUGACUUGGCAGAAAUUGGUGAAAAUGGAAUUCGACAUGAUCUUCAUCCUGUUGAAGAUAAUAAUGGAAAAACAGUAUUGCCUGAUGCACCAUUUACUAUGUCUAGAAAACAGCAAGAAGUACUUUGUUCAGUGAUGCAUAAUAUUAGGACUUCCGAUGGAUAUGCAUCAAAUUUUUCUAGGCAUGUCAACAUGAAAGAUUGUACAAUCUCAGGUCUCAAAAGCCAUGAUUGUCAUGUUAUUCUGGAAGAUAUUCUUCCUCUAGCACUUCGAUCCUGUUACCCGCACAAAGAGGUCAUGACAGUAGUUAUCGGGCUGUCUAAUUUCUUCAAGAAGCUAUGCUCGAAAGUGUUAGAUGUCUCUGAGCUUGACAAACUUCAAGAGAGUAUUGUGAUGACACUUUGCAAUAUGGAGAGAAUUUUUCUUCCAUCAUUCUUUACUAUCAUGGUGCAUUUAAUGGUGCACUUGGUUGAAGAAGUUAAACUUGGUGGUCCAGUGCACUAUCGAUGGAUGUACCCUCUGGAGAGAUCAUUUGUCCGGCUGAAAGCACUUGUGCGCAAUAGAGCAUUUCCUGAAGGUUCAAUUGCUGAAGGGUAUCUUGCCCAAGAAUGCUUGACCUUUUGUUCAAGAUUUCUAGAAGGAACUACACGUUUUACAAGACCAUCAAGAAACCCUGCUCCGUCAGAAAAGAUAAAAGAUUUGUACAUGUUCAAUAGUGCUGGUGAACCAAUUGGAAAGGCUAUCCCGGUUGGGCAGUUUAAUAGCCGUCUUGUAAUUCAAGCACAUCGAUAUGUCUUACGACAUUGUGAUGAACUUGCAGAUUUCCGCAAAGAAUUUGUGGCCGAAGAGAAUAGCAAACGAUGUGAGUCAGCUAAAUUGACAGAAGCUGAUAGCACUAAGUUAAUUAAUGGACACUUUGCUGACUGGUUGGAACAAAAGGUGGUGUUCUUUAAUUGUGAUUGGUAUGAUGUCUACCACAAAGUUGGCAUUCAAACCGAUGAGUUUGGGUUCAUUCUUGUGAACAAGUCUCGGAAAAUACACACAGGAGAUCAGUUAGAGGAUGAUCCUUUUGUAUUUUCUUCCCAGGUGCAGCAGGUUUUCUAUGUUCAAGAUCCAAAAGCUGAACUAUGGAAUGUAGUAGUGGAAGUCAGGCCUCGUGACCUUUUUGACAUGGGUGAUGAAGAAUCAUCAGAUGAAACAGAUUAG